AUGAUAUCUCACCUUGUGGGGUUAGCCCUCCUGUUGUGUGGGACGGGCUGUUAUGGACUAUCUAUUGACGGCCCUCACCCACCGCGAUGUGAGCCGAUAACCAUACCAAUGUGUAAAGAUAUGAAAUAUAAUACAACUAGAAUGCCAAAUCUUGUGGGACAUGAAAAUCAAAAGGAUGCUGCUAUUCAAGUACACGAGUUUUUACCAUUAGUGCAGUUUGGAUGUUCACGAUUAUUAAAGUUUUUUCUGUGUUCUCUGUACGCUCCAAUGUGUACUGAAUUGGUGGACGGGACAAUCAUAAUACCUGCUUGCAGAUCGAUGUGUUUGAAAGUUAAAGCGAAAUGUGAACCUGUACUGACAAAAUUUGCCUUUCCUUGGCCAAAAAUGUUGUCUUGUGACAAUCUUCCUGAAAAGAGCAACCCAAAAGAAACCUUGUGUAUGGAAGCUCCGGAGGAAGAUGAUGAACCUUAUCAAGGGAAUUCUGGAGACUGGAAGAAAUUAUUCAAUGAAGUGAAAGAAAAGCCUUCAACCAAACCAACUAUUAAUAAAAAGCAAAAGAAACCAGAGAAGGAUAAAUGUCCUCAGAGAUUUGUUCAUAUUGAUACGAUACAAGGCAAUAGUUCAUGUGCCCCCAGGUGUGAUGUGGAUGUUUAUUUUCGACAAGGAGAUAAAGAUUUUGCUCAAAUGUGGAUGAUAGUAUGGGCUUCACUGUGUUGUUUAUCAACUACGAUUACUGUUUUAACCUUUGCUAUUGAUUCUACCCGAUUUAAAUACCCCGAAAGACCCAUUAUUUUUCUCUCUAUGUGUUACGCCAUAUACUCAAUUGCUUACAUCAUUAGGGCUGUAACGGGACCACAAGUUAUCUCGUGCGAUCAGGCCCGUGAUGGCAAGGAAUUCUUAAUUCAAGAGGGAUUAGAAAGUACAUGGUGCAUUAUUGUGUUUCUUAUUUUAUACUUCUUUGGAAUGGCCAGUUCUAUUUGGUGGGUCAUCCUAACUGUUACGUGGUUUUUAGCUGCUGCCCGCAAGUGGGGACAAGAGGCUAUUGAUGCCUUGAGUAGUUAUUUUCAUUUAGCAGCGUGGGCAAUACCUGCCAUUAAAACUAUAAUUAUAUUGACAAUGCGAAGAGUUGAUGGCGAUGAAUUAACUGGAUUGUGUUAUGUAGGAAAUCAGGAUAUCGGUGCAUUAACAGGAUUUGUAUUAAGUCCUCUAAUAGUAUAUUUAUUUAUUGGUUCAGUGUUUUUAUUAUCGGGAUUUGCGGCAUUACUUCGUAUUAGAAACAAUCUUAAACAUGACGGUACAAAUAUCCGUAAACUAGAAAAACUCAUGGCUAAGAUUGGUAUAUUUUCUGUGUUAUAUACAGUGCCUGCAACAUGUGUGAUAGGAUGUUAUUUUUAUGAACGUAUUAACUAUGAUAAUUGGCGACAACAGGCUAUGGCUAGGCCUUGUGCAAGUCGUACGGAUUGUCAUUUAGAGUAUUCAAUACCUACAGUGGAAGUUUAUAUGUUAAAGAUUUUUAUGUCUCUAGUAGUAGGUAUCACAAGUGGUAUGUGGAUCUGGAGUUCCAAAACAGCCGCUUCCUGGAAACAAUUCUUCUCUAAUCGAUUCUCGAGGAGAAAGUCAAACUAUUCUGGGGGCUACCAACAAGCCCCUGUCAUCAUGAUGAAGUCACAACAUGGACAGAAAUAUUUGCCUAAAGUUACAGGCUCUCGUGUGUGACACUAGUUUAACCGUCAGAAAAGUGGCUUGUUUGUUUAACGCCCCAACCCUUCUUAGUAUGAUAUUGAGUCGCGACUUAACCGUUUACAAACCUAAUUUAAACUGAGAUUCUCAAUGGAGAGAAAUUCGGGUCAAUAGACUUGUGAGUUAUUAGGAGAAGGAUGAUUAAAUAAGACGAGAGAGUAUGAUAUGAUUGAAGCUAUGGAUGAAGUAUGAUAAAUAUGUUACAAACAAUUACUACAUAUUAUAAUAUAAUUAUCAUUGACUUUCUGUCACACCUGCAGUCUACCCUUACAUCAACUAUGUCAAUGUAUUAUAUAUGAAACACCAUUUUAUAGACUCAUUGCAUGUAUUCAAAAUAUGUACUGAUGCAAUAUAUAAUUUUUAUUCAUUAUGAGUUUAGGCCUUACAGGGAAAUUUUCACUCGAUUUUCAUAAAAUUUAUCUAAUUUUCAUUUAAUGAUAGGCUACUUUUUCUUAUUGAAUUUUUACAUUGCACUUCUAUUCGGCAUGCUUAAAGAUCUGCAACCUGAGCACUUUAAAGAUCCAUUGACAAUUGAUAAUCAAAAGCUUAGGUAUUUUCACUUCUGAAAUAAUCCAGUGUUGGAUUCAGAACAGAAGGACGUAACACUCAAUUUCAUUUCAUUUUUCAAUAUCGUGCAACUAGUAACAGAAAUAUCAUAUUUAAUGCAUCUUGUUAUGCUCAAAUAAAACUAUUUCUUUCUUGAUCUUUCCAAAAUAGUCGGUCAAUCGAGUGGAAAUGCUUCUAUUGGAAGUGAUUUGCCUUUGAUCUGUGAAUUGUGAAUAUAACAAUGUAAUUGUACAAUACAAAACUAUCGAGUGAGAAUGCCCCUCGAACAUUUAUUUGCAUUAAUGCUCUAUGCUUCCAUCUUAUUCAUACAGAGAAAAUAAAUGUUUAGGACUAGAUAUCGUGUCUGUGUUGAAUAUUUGAGGUCGUGUUGGUUGAUAUCGAUGUCUUUCAGUAACUACUAUACGUAUAAAAGUAAUAUUAUUUGGGAGUAGUGGGGCGGAAGGUAAUAAAAAAUGACUUGUAUAAUGGCGUAUUCUAACGGUGAACAUUAAGACUUUUAUCAAAUAGAAUUCAGGGAUAUUAAAUCAUUGCUGUUAUUAACCGUUGUUGAAAUUAUUCAUAGAAUGAUUUGGAAAUUUGAAGCUAGCCAGAUGAGUUAGGUCUGUUACGCCCAAUUGCCAAGGGAGAUUUGGAGUUGAAAGAGAUGAAUACUUGUAAGAAAAUGAAUUGUAAGUGAGAAUCUGAUGUGUUUAUUUGUGUCUGGUUGAAAGAGAGAAUCUGACGAUAUAACAUGUGCUAAAUAUCGACUUAGAUCUUACAAACUUGAACAAAUCUUUUUUACCAUCAAGAAAAGUUGUGUAUUGAGUAACAUGGUAUUUGUUAUGAAGAAAAUUAGCCCUCUUGUUUUCUUCUUGUUAAAAUAUGUUCUGUUUUUAUAUAUAAUAUUGUUAUCAACUGUUGAAUUUCUAUUUGAUAUUUUUAACCGACAUAAAAAGAGUCGCAACUUUGUCAAAUAUCAAAUUUCUGAAGAAAACUGAAUGCUAAUUUUUAACCAAAUUGUUAAUUUUGUUAAAUUGAAAUAAGAAUCUUUGAAUAAGAGCUAUUUUAUAUAAUUUUGAAAGAAAACCUUUCAUGUUUCAGAUUGAAAACGUAUUUUAUGUUUGUAUUAAAAUUUCAUAUUUUGUUUGGCCUUUCUAUUUUUGACUAAGUAAAUAAAGUGUUUGUUGUCAUAUUAAAUG